ACCACUGCUGACCCAAUGUCUGAGCAGCUCUCAGAGGCGAAGACCGCAGCGAACGCGGCCGAUGCGAGCGAUGCGGUGACCGAUGCGAGCGGUGCGGCGGCCGAUGCGAGCGAUGCGCCGGCCGAAGCGAGCAACACCGCGGACGCCCUCGCCGUGGUCCUGGAGGCGAAUCUCCCGACCUUCGUCGCCGGAAGCACGAAGAUCGUCGGCGCGCUGCGUCGCUGCGACAAGUCGUGGCGCGACGCGCUCGGCGCUCACCCGGCGACGAAGCGCCUCUUCGCCCGCUGCGCGGCCUGCGGCAAGUUCGCGUGGCGCUGCAGCGACUGCCAGGGCGUGGCGCAGCCCGGCGAAGAGCGCCGCCGCGGGCCGCCGCGCGACGAGGUGCUCUGCCUCGACUGCCGCCACGUCGACAUCGAGAAGAGCUACGGGCGCACCGAGAGCUCGCCCUGGGGCGGCCAGCUCCACAUCCCGGCGAUCCACGGGCCGCGGCCGGACCGGGCGCCGCGCCCGUGCAUCGACUGCGGCACGCUCGUCUGCCUGGCGUGCUGCGUCAAGCGGGACUUCGACCCCUGGUCGACGACGCGGGACAUGGACGAGGAGACGGCGCGCGCGAUCAUCAUGUCGUCGGAUCCGCAGAAGGAGAUCAACAAGCGGCUCACGCCCGCCGCGCGCUGCGGCGACUGCUAUUCAAAAGUGCCGCGGCCGGAGAACAAGAAGAAGAACCGGUGCUUCACGGCGGGGUCGAUGCUCUCCUUCGGGGACGGAGACGCGGACGCUCCUCCGGCUGACUACUAAGAAUUAU